AUGGCUUCCCUGCCUUUCCGUCGUCCCUCUCGUCAGAGCUCUCGACAGGCAUCCAGUGACCCUCGUGAUGAUAUCCAAGUGCACCAGGAUCAUUUCAUCGGCAUUGAUGUAGGCACGGGUAGUGCUCGAGCCUGUAUCAUCAAUUCCAAAGGUGAUAUUGUCGGACUGGCCUCGGAAAACAUUGGAUUAUGGCAACCGGAGCAUGGAUACUAUGAACAAUCGACUUCUGACAUUUGGCGCUGUAUUUGCAUCGCCGUGCAACGUGCCAUCAGUCAGCAUAACCUCAACCCCGAUAGCGUGCGUGGUAUCGGUUUCGAUGCCACCUGCUCCCUGUCCGUGUUUGACGCGGAAACCGACGAGCCCGUCUCAGUGACCGGUCCCAAUUUCGACUCGGACCGAAAUGUCAUCCUCUGGCUCGAUCAUCGGCCCGUCGAAGAGGCUGCCAAGAUCAACGCUACUAAUCAUAAUCUGCUCCGCUACGUGGGUGGAAAGAUGUCUAUCGAGAUGGAAAUCCCCAAGGUCCUCUGGCUCAAGAACAACAUGCCCAAGGAACUCUUCGAUCGAUGCAAGUUCUACGAUCUGGGCGAUGCUUUGACUCAUCUCGCGACUGGCAACGAGAAGCGAAGCUUCUGCAGUGUCGUCUGCAAGCAGGGAUAUGUCCCCGUGGGAGUCGACGGAAGUGUCAAGGGCUGGCAAGAAGAUUUCUUGAACGAGAUUGGAUUGAGUGAUCUUACCAAGGACAACUUUAAGCGCAUGGGUGGAGUCAAUGGGGUGAAUGGCGACUAUCUCAGUGCGGGUGAGCUUGUCGGCACCCUCUGUGAGAAAGCAGCUGCCGACCUUGGUCUUCCAGCCGGUAUCGCGAUCGGGAGUGGUGUCAUUGAUGCCUAUGCCGGCUGGAUCGGUACUGUCGGAGCCAAAGUUGCGUUGGGCGCAGCUCAAUUGACCGAGGACGUAGCUCGAAAUGACAAGGCGCAGGCCUUCACACGACUGGCCGCCGUUGCCGGAACGUCCACCUGUCACCUUGCCAUGUCCCCCAACCCAGUCUUUGUCAAUGGUGUCUGGGGCCCUUACAAAGACACUAUUCUGCCAGGCUACUGGAUGGCUGAAGGAGGACAAUCCGCCACCGGUGAACUUCUCAAACAUGUCAUCGAGACCCAUCCGGCAUUCAACCAAGCACUCUCCAUUGCCGAGUCCUACCAUGCCAACAUCUACGAGUACCUCAACGAGCACCUGAAAGAAAUGGUGCAAGAUCAACAAGCCCCGAGUGUCGCCUACCUGGGCCGCCACUUCUUCUUCUACGGCGAUCUCUGGGGUAAUCGAUCCCCCAUCGCCGAUCCCAACAUGACCGGAUCCAUCUUCGGCAUGACCAGCGACAAGAGCGUUGACGGUCUCGCCAUCCACUACUACGGUACGCUCGAAUUCAUCGCUCUCCAAACCAAGCAAAUUGUCGAAACCAUGAACGAGGCCGGCCACAACAUCACCUCCAUCUUCAUGUCCGGUUCCCAGUGUCAAAACGACAUUCUCGUCCGCCUCAUCGCGUCCGCAUGUGACAUGCCCGUUGUGAUUCCACGCUACAUCCACGCCGCAGUCUGUCACGGCGCGGCCAUGCUCGGAGCCAAGGCCGCCAGUGCCGACUCGGAAGGUCGAACGGAGGAGCUCUGGGACAUCAUGGACCGGAUGAGCAAACCCGGCAAGAAGGUGAUGCCAACCAAGGAUCCCAAGGAGAAAGCCCUAUUGAAGGCCAAGUAUGAAGUGUUCAAGGAGCAGUGCUUCGGCCAGCAAAAGUACCGGCAGAUGGUAGAUGACGCCGUCGGUGAAUGGAAGCCGGAGUAG